CAACUAUCGGAAAAGGUGGUGUAAAUGAAGAUGAAUUAUUCUUUCUUUAUCAUCUUUGUCAUUGUGAUUCAUUGUGCGCAAGGAAAAAUAGAGAAAUGCGACCGAAAAAUUGACCUGGCAGUCGUGUUGGACGUUUCAGGGAGUAUAAAUGAGGAAACUUUAAACCUUACCAAAAACUUCACCAAAACACUUCUAAGACGAUUCAGAAUAUCCAGAGACAGUGUUCGUGUAUCACUUUUGACCUACUCGGAGUCGGUUAAGGUUUAUUCCACGUUUGAAGACGAUCGGGAGGAAAAAAGGCUCGAGCAAGAAGUGAACAAUGUGUUCUUUGAAGGAUCUUCCACAAAGACAACGAAAGCUCUAAGUGUAUUAAAGAAUCAACUCUUUGUGCAAAAUAAAGGAUCGAGAAUCGAGGAGUCUAAUGUAAGGAAAGUUGCUGUUUUCAUCACAGAUGGCUUCAGUUUCAUCGGACCCGAAAAUGUAAAAAGAGGAGCAGAUCGUCUGAAAAUGAGAGGAGUCGAAGAGUUUGCGAUCGGAAUUACCCAAAGAACAGGGAACGAAGAGUUGACAAACUUAUCCAGCAAACCUAUUGAAAACCACUUUUUUAGGCUAACUAACGAAAAAUCUCUCAAAGGUAUAAUUGAUCAUAUUAUUAAAAGCAUUUGCACAUAAAUUAAAUCAGCUAUGUGGCAGAUUUUUCCACAAUCUGAAUCAUUAUGAAAAGCGCAUGCAUGGUGGCUGCUAUCGCAAAUCAUGGUUGGAAUAAAAAUGUUCCGUUUC